CAAAAACUCCUUAGAGAAAGAGAGUUGAACCUGACCAGGCAACCUAGAAAGAAUUAAGUAGAAAGAGACAACAAGAGAAGGAUGGAGAUACGGGCACUUUUGAUUGCUCUGCUGGUGGCUCUUCUGAUUCUGCACUACCUGAAACAGCUCUGGUCACGCAGGCAUUAUCCUCCAGGACUUCUCCAGCUUCCUCUCAUUGGAGCCACAUGGAGGUUUGGAUUCAAGAUUGAUGAAAAUACUCUCAUUCAGCUGGGAAAGCAACAUGGAAACAUUUACACCAUAUGGUUAGGACAUCUACCCAUUGUAGUACUGUCUGGAUUCCAAGCAGUGAAAGAAGCACUCAUUGACCACUCUGAAGAAUUAGACGAGCGACCAGAGACUCCUUUAUUUAGGACUCUGAUAAAAGGAAAGGGUAUUGGAUUAUCAAAUGGUCACACCUGGAGGCAACAGAGACGCUUUGUUGUAGUUACUCUGCGGAAGCUGUGGCGGGAAAAGAAAAGCAUGGAGCACCAAAUAGCAGAGGAGACCCAUCAGCUCGUGGAGGCUUUUGCACGUUCAAAGGGACAGCCACUUGACCCCUCCAUGCCCAUCGCUACUUCAGUCUCCAACGUGACAUGUGCUGUGGCUUUUGGGCAUCAGUUUGCUCAUGAAGAUGAACGGCUCCAGAAGCUGAUAGAAGCCAUAGAAUUUAUCCUACAAUUUGUAUGUAGCUUUGGUUAUGCUCUUUAUGAAAUGCUCCCAUGGCUCAUGAAACAUCUCCCAGGGCCCCACAAGAAGGUUUUCUCCUGCAUGGAUCUGGUGCGUUCAUUUGCAAAGGAGGAGAUAGAGAAGCAUAAGGAGAAUCAGUCUCUGCAUGAGCCACAGGAUCUCAUUGAGUUCUAUCUACUUCAGAUGAAGAAAAGCAGGAAUGACCCAGAGUCCACCUAUGAUGAAGAAAACUUGGCCCAGUGCAUUAUUGACCUCUUUGUAGGAGGGUUUGAAACAACCACGGCUUCUCUGCAAUGGGCACUUCUCCUCCUGGCAAGUCAUCCAGAUAUCCAAGAUAAAAUGCACAAGGAAAUAGAAGAUGUCAUAGGUUCUGCUCACUCAAUCUGCUAUCAAGACAAGAAGAAACUGCCCUACACGAAUGCUGUGAUUCAUGAAAUACAGCGCUUUAAAUUUGCCAGUUUUUGGGGGUUCCCUAGGCAAUGUGCAAAGGAUUUCAAGCUGCGUGGUUUUCUCAUUCCCAAGGGGACUAUUAUUGUUCCCGAUCUACGCUCUGUUCUUCUUGAUCCAACACGAUGGGAGACACCUGCAGAGUUCAACCCAAAUCAUUUUUUGGACAAGGAUGGACAAUUCGUGAACAGAGAAGAAUAUCUCCCAUUUGGUGCAGGGGCUCGCAUUUGUUUGGGAAUGAAGAUGGCAAAGAUCGAAAUAUUCAUCUUCCUGACCAGCCUGCUGAGGGCAUUCAGUUUUCAGCUGCCAGAAGGAGUCAAAGAGCUCAAUCAAGAGGCUAUACUAGGGCUUAUAGCACAUCCCCAUCCGUAUAAACUCUGUGCAGUUCCCUGCUGCAACACAUAAAAAAAUAGGAAAAUAUUAGGGGCUGCACCCCUGCUUCCUGCACUCGGUGACCCCUUGGCCACUCCUGACACAUGAACCCCCUAGCAUUUCCCCUUCCCUUCCCAUCUCAUCCCAUGCAACUACUGAGGUCUCUUUUCACCUUCACAGCUCCAUUUCUGAAGCCACUUCUCUCUUAUCUUCUGCAGCUCUGCUUUGCAUCUGUUUUCCCCUUCACCCCAUCUCCUCCUUUUCUUCAGGCCCUUUCAUUCCCCUGUUCUCAUCUUCAUCCCUAUCCCCAUGCCUCCUUACUCCCUCCUUUUUGACAACUUCCUUUGCAUCCCCAUUCUUACUCUCACACCCUUUCCCCCUCCCCUCUACUUUCCUCAAAUCUCCCUUACACACACAUUCACACACCUCCUCCUCUCUCCCUCUUCUGCAGCCCCCUUCUAACACCCCCAUGCUAUGUUAUUGUAUCUUGAAGAUGAGUAGACUCCUAAGAGCAAGGCUAUCAGCUUCUCCAGUUGAAGAAUGUUAAGUUUCUUUGAUGAUACUGUACAUGUGUCCUUGUUAAUAAAAUAUCUCUUCUAAAUCA